GAAAGGGAGCUGGGGCACUUGCUAAGGCUCUGAGGACUUUUUCGUGAGGUACCUCGUUACGUAAUAUUUAUAACGAAAGGCGCUGCAGCUGCAUCAGCGCGCUGGCCCGCAUUUUGCGUCCCCGUUUACAACCACCAGCUGGGAUACAAUGGGGAUGGGAGGAGGGGAGUAGAAGCGUCCGGCAGGCGGAUAGCGGUCUGAACAGCGGGAAACCAAUCAUUGGUGCAGAAGCGAGCCCAGGGAAUUUCCCCCGGUUCUGGCACCAGACCACGGACCCCGAGGGGCUGUCGUGUGACCCUACGGAUCAGCAGGGAAGCCAGCUUAAAAAUGCAGCAUCUGGGAUCAGUCCUCUUAAGAUUUUUAUUCAGUAGGCGGGGAAAAGGAGCUAGGGCUUAGAAACCUGCCUUUUCAGUCGGCUCUCUGGGGAUUCUGGGACGGUGACCCGGGCACCUCACACUGAGACCACCACACUGGAACGUGGGCCGAGGGGUCCUCAGGCUGAGGAAGAAGGGGGGAGGGCCCGCGCCAGGCGCGGAACCGCGCGCGGUCGCGAGCGCGCCGCUCCCCAGCAACAGCGCAUGCGCCGGUCGCCUUCCAGAAAAGCCGCGCAGCUUCGCGGGCCCGGAUCUUCCAAUCGGAGCCCGGCGUUCUCCGAGUGUGUAUCCUGGAGCUGUCGGCUGCCGGAGGCGGGAGGAAAGGGGCCGCUCGGGCCCGGGCGGGGCCGCGGCCGGCGAAAGUCUGCGGAGGUCUGCCAGGGAAGUCGAGUCUCCGAAAGUGGCAGUUGUAAACACCGUCUCCCUGGGGCUGGUCUCCCUCUUGUUCCCCCCUGUGCUCUUUGUUCCUCCUCCCUGGGUCCUAGAGUCCGUCGCGUUCCAACAGUUUUUGCUCUGACCCCGCGGCCUGCCUGGGCCUCUUUCUGCCUUUGAGAUCCGAAGCUGCCCCAGGGGUCUUGGGUGUGCAGUCUGGAUCACAGGAGACCCCUGAGACACAUUGAGAGAGAGGAGUACAUUCUGGAUGACCCACAGGACUCAGAUGUGCGGAUAUUGGACUUCUGCUGGGGAUACCAAGAGACCUUGUGAGAUCUUCAUAUUUGUGUCUAUUUGGAGUUAGUUAGUUAUCGAGAUGUUUACCCAAAGAUUCCUUCACACUGUAGUAACUUAGAGUUGUUGAUUGUUGAGUUUGGAGUGUCUCUGGUAGAAGAGUGUUCUGGAGAGAAGGCCGGGACUUCAGCCCAUGUAACCUGUAAGCCACAGACGUCUUGGACAGUUUUAAUCAUUAAUAACGAAGUAUAUCAUUGAGCAACAGUGGGGUAUUUUGAAAGAGUUGGAAGACUCAUCAUGAGUUUGAAUACUUCAAAUAAUGCCUCCGGUGAUAUCCAAAGGUUGAAGAAUGCCUCGUCUGAUAUAAAACAAAUGGUUAAAAAUGAAACAGACUUGGAUAUUACUGCUGAUCUCAGAAAGAAACUCCAUCGGGCUAAGAAAGAAAAAUUAGAAAUAACAACUAAGCACAAUGCAGAGCUGGCAAGCUACGAGAGCCAGAUUGCCAAGCUACGAUCCGAGGUUGAAAAAGGAGAGGCAUUGCGACAAAGUCUGGAAUAUGACCUGGCUGUUGCUAGAAAGGAAGCUGGACUCGGAAGGCGGGCUGCUGAAGAAAGAUUAGCGGAGGCACGUAGGAUCCAAGAAAAACUCUGUGCUCAGAAUGCAGAACUUCAGGGAAAGGCAAGUGGGAUGGAGAAAGCAUUCCAGACUUCCCAGCAGAAAUGGAAAGAAGAAUGCAGAAGAUUUGAAUGUGAUUUGGAGGAAAGAGACAAUAUAAUUCAAAACUGUGAUCAAAAAUAUGAUUUACUUAUGAAAGAAAAAAGCAGACUAGAGAAAACUGUACAGGAAGCGUUGGAAAAACAUCAGCAGGAGAAGAAUGAGAUGGAGUCUCAUAUCAGGGAGACAGCAUUGGAGGAGUUUAGAUUACAAGCAGAACAAUGGGAAGCAGAAAGAAGAGAGUUACAAUUUAUAGUACAGGAGCAAGAUAAUGCUUUACAAAAUAUGCAUGAGAAAGUAGAAAAAUUAGAAGCCGAACACAUGGAGUGCUCUGACCUUUUACGUCGACAGACAAGUGAAUUCGAAUUUAGCACUCAACGAGAGGAACGUCUUAGAAAAGAGUUUGAGGCAACUACUCUAAGAGUGAGGAAAUUAGAAGAAGAUAUUGAAGCAGAGAGAGCAGCACAUUUGGAAUCGAAAUUUAAUUCUGAAAUUAUUCAGUUACGGAUUCGAGACCUUGAAGGAGCUUUGCAGGUAGAAAAGGCCAGCCAAGCAGAAGCUGUUGCUGAUUUGGAAAUGAUCAAGAAUGAAUUCAAAGAAGUUGAAAGUGCAUAUGAACGAGAAAAGCAUAAUGCACAAGAGAGCUUUGCAAAACUAAAUAUAUUAGAGAGAGAGUAUUUCUCCAAAAACAAGAAACUAAAUGAAGAAAUCGAGGAACAGAAGAAAGUAAUUAUAGACCUUUCAAAGAGACUCCAGUAUAAUGAAAACAGUUGCAGUGAAUUACAGGAAGAACUUGUAAUGGCUAAGAAGCACCAGGCUUUUCUGGUAGAGACAUGUGAAAAUAACGUGAAAGAGUUGGAAUCAAUCUUGGACAGCUUUUCUGUGUCUGGCCAGUGGACAUCAGGCAUCCACAGGGACAAAGAUAAACCUCCCAGCUUCUCUGUUGUCCUUGAGAGUUUGAGGCGUACCUUGACAGAUUACCAGAACAAGCUGGAAGAUGCAUCUAAUGAGCUAAGCAACAUGAAUCAUGCUAAGGAAAAGACAUCUAAUGAACUUGAGUCUACCAAACAGAAGGUAGAGUCUCAUGCUAAAAAUAUAAAGUACCUUCAGGAUAAAUUGGCUGAUGUCAAUAAAGAGUUAAGUCAUUUACGCACUAAAUGUGCAGACAGAGAGGCUCAAAUAAGCACUUUAAAAGUGGAACUACAAAAUGUGCUGCACUGUUGGGAGAAAGAAAAGGCGCGAGCAGCCCAAUCUGAAAGUGAGCUGCAGAAGCUUUCCCAGACUUUCCAUACGGAUACCGAGGAGAAGCUAACCUUCCUUCAUACCUUGUAUCAGCACUUGAUAGCAGGCUCUGUGCUCAUAAAACAACCAGAAGGCAUGCUGGAUAAAUUCUCUUGGUCUGAGCUUUGUGCAGUUUUGCAGGAGAAUGUUGAUGCCCUGAUCGUAGACCUCAACAGGGCUAAUGAGAAGAUAAAUCAUCUAGAGUAUAUCUGUAAAAACAAGUCUGAUACGAUGAGAGAGCUUCAGCAAACCCAGGAAGACACCUUUAACAAAGUGGCAGAGCAGAUCAAAGCCCAGGAGAGCUGCUGGCACAAGCAAAAGAAGGAACUGGAGCUGCAGUACUCCGAACUCCUCGUGGAGGUACAGAAGAGGGCACAGAAAUUUCAAGAAAUUGCUGAAAAAAAUACAGAAAAGUUGAACCGUAUUGAGAAGUCACAUGAACAAUUGGUUGUUGAAAACACACAUUUCAAAAACUUGUUAUCACAGACUAAAAGGGAACAAACAUCCUUGCUGGCGGCCUGCGCAUUGAUGGCUGGUGCCUUAUAUCCUCUGUAUAGCCGAUCAUCUGCCUUAUCCACACAGAGAGAUUUUCUCCAGGAGCAGGUCAACACCUUUGAGUUGUUAAAAUUGGAAGUUAGAACUCUAGCCCAGGCUUUGUCAAUUGUAGAGGAAAAGAAGCAAGAGGAAGCCAAGAUGAAGAAAAAAGCAUUCAAAGGAUUAAUACGUGUAUUCCGGAAAGGUGUUAUUGCAAUUUUGGCAGCAAACAGACUCAAGAUUUUGGGCCAGUCGUGUGCCUCUCUUUUUACCUGGAUGGAGAGUUUCAAAGAAGGCAUAGGCAUGUUAGUGUGUACAGGAGAGCCCAAAGACAAGCAUAAAUUUCCAAAACAUCAAAAGGAGCAGUUACGUUGUUUGCGAACUCUCAGUUGGCUCACCAGUUCUGACCUUCUUGCUGCAAUAAUCAGUUCUAUGGCUGAGUUACAGGAAGCUAUUAGUAAAACAGAUCCAAAUUCCAGAAUUUGUGGACAUUUGCUUAUAGGAGCAGCCAAGAGUUCUUUUGCAAAACUCAUGGAUAAAAUUAAUCUGGCAAUGGACAGUAUACCUUUGCACAGGAGCAGGAGUAUUAGAUAUGUGGAAAAAGAUUCCCUGGUUCAGAGGCUGGCCCGUGGACUUCAUAAAGUAAACACACUGGCCCUGAAAUACGGUCUAUGUGGCCACAUGCCCAUUUUGAAAAGCACAGCAUCAUUACAGAAGCAAAUAUUUGGAUUUACACAAAGACUGCACACAGCAGAAGUGGAGCGCCGCUCACUACGCUUAGAGGUCACAGAACUGAAACGAAAUGUGAAUGAACUGAAGAAGGAGCUUGACAAAACCCAGGGUCUUCAGAUGCAGUUAAAUGAAGUUAAGCAGUCAAAAUUGAUCACCCAUGAGAAGUUUGCAAGUGCAUGUGAAGAACUGAAUAAUGCAUUACUACGGGAACAGCAGGCUCAAAUGCUAUUGAAUGAGCAGGCACAGCAACUACAGGAGUUGAAUUAUAGGCUUGAAUUACAUUCCAGUGAGGAAGCUGACAAAAACCAAACUCUUGGAGAAGCUGUUAAGAGUCUCUCCGAGGCAAAGAUGGAGCUGAGAAGAAAAGAUCAAUCUCUGCGUCAGCUCAAUAGACAUCUUACCCAGCUGGAGCAGGACAAGCGUCGACUGGAGGAGAACAUCCAUGAUGCAGAGAGUGCCCUCCGCAUGGCAGCCAAGGACAAAGAAUGUGUUGCUAAUCAUAUGAGAACAGUAGAAAAUGUGCUUCAUAAGGUCAGAGAUCAGAUCUCGCUGUCACGGACUGCGGCAAGUAGGAAUGACUUCACCCUGCAGCUACCCAGACUGCACCUGGAGACCUUUGCAAUGGAGGGGCUCAAGGGCGGGCCAGAGGUUGUAGCGUGCCAGGCUAUGAUUAAAAGUUUCGUGGAUGUCUACCAGCUUGCAAGCACUAGAAUUGCUACAUUAGAAAAGGAAAUGACAUCUCAUCGAAGUCACAUUGCAACCUUGAAAUCAGAACUUCACACAGCUUGUUUACGUGAAAAUGAAAGUUUACAAUCAACAGGAUCACAAGACCAUUCAAAUCUCUCCAUUCCUUCAAGAGCUGCUCUUCCUGCUGACACAAUUGACGUUGGGGAUCUUUUGCCAUUGAAAGCUGAACCUGACACAACUUACACUUUCUUAAAGGAGACACUUAUAAAUCCUGCGCCCCUGUCGUCAUCUCACUCCUCUCCAGUGAUGAUGUCUGCUACUGCCGGGAGACCAGCUCAGAUUGGAUUAUGACUUUAUGAAAUAAAAAGGAUGCAGGAAGAGUUAACAGUACAAUUAAAAUUGUUUUGAAGGGGGAUUUUCUUAUCAGUUGAAUUUUGCUUCAGCACAAGUGGCCAUGGGUUUUUAAAAAUUGUGUGAUACCUUGAUGUGUACAGGUAUCUGUGUCCCUUGAAUAAUGAAAUAACCAACU